AUGUCUAUCCCGCCUUCGACUAGCUUUGCCGAUACACUAGGCACUGGCACCGAUCCAACUGUCUCCCAACCGCCAACCAGCUUGGAGUCAAACGGAACUCAGAGCAACGAGGAGCCCAUGCCCAAAGAUAGGAACGGACAGCCAUUGCUGUUGAAGCCUCAACAACAUGGUCAACAAUGGGUGAAGUUCAAAGGAGCUAUGUGGUACGAGAGUAUGGUCCAGAUUCUGGAUCAGGUUGUGAAACUUACCAAGUUUGAUGACGACAAAGUCGAGGGGGAGUGGGAUCAGACCUACGGGCCUGAGUUUCGGGCAGCUCUUGACGAGUUCGAACCCGCUGUCACAGCACUUCACACGAACCAAGCGCGGUGGCUCUAUCGGCUUCAGAACAACCUUGUCCUUCGUCAAAACAUCGCCGGAGAUCUGACAAACUCGUCCUCUAAUGAUGAAAAUACUUUGGGCAAAUUGGAGAUCGCAUUCGAAGCCUAUUGUCAGUUGAUUAGCUGCCUCGAUGCUAUCGAGGCGAACACGGAUGCUCAAACCGAUGACACUUGGCAGAAGAGACGCACAUGCUGCCAUCAGUUGUGCAAUGCUUCCAAGAGACGCUUGGUCAAAAUCGCCGAGAUUAUAGCCCCGGGUGUACUCCAGCACGGUGGGGAACACAGCUACGAGGUCGUAUUUCUCCAUGAUACUCUCCCCAACAGAGGAACCCCUUCUCUGGACGGCGAUUCGGAGACAGAGGAUGGUGAUUCCGACUGAUUGCCCAAUCGAGACUUCACCGGAGACUGUAUGACUUACUUAUUGUACAACUGUAUUCCGUG